CGGGGCCGGGGCCGGGCGGGGCGGGGGUCCCCAUUCCUGCGGCCGCUGCUCGGCCCGGCCGGUGCCCGCCCCGCAGGCAUGUGGUCCGUGCUGUGGGCGGCCGUGCGCUCCAAGGCCCCGUACGUCACCUUCCCGGUGGCCUUCGUGGUGGGGCUGGUGGGCUCCCAGCUGGAGCGGCUCCUGCGCGGGGAGCCCCCGCCCACGGCCCAGGAGGAGAAGAGCAUCUCGGAGCAGCGGGAGGACCGCAAGCUGCAGGAGAUCGUGGGCGAGGACCUGACCAAGGUGGUGAGCCUGAAGGACAAGCUGGAGUUCGCCCCUCGGGCCGUGCUCAACAGGAACCGGCCCGAGAAGAGUUAAUAAAGGGAGAUUCGGGCAAAUUCCGUGCCCUGGAGAGGUUGCUGGGGACUCCCUGCCACCUGCGCUGUUUCCACCUGCUGCUCCUCACCCCGCGGACCCUGCGGAGGGUCAGCUUUGGCAGCCCACGGAUUUGCUGGAGGUUUGAUUUCUUCCGUGGUGUGAAAGUAGAAGUUUGGACCUGAGUGCCGUGGGAUGGGGUCAGGCUGGCCGCCAGUGACAGGAAGAACUGCUGCCCUGCUUUUAUAUCCCCUGUGGCUCUUGAUGAACCCCACACCACAAUGUGCUACAGCAGCCAUGGAGCUCUCUGAGGACCCCCCCUCUGCAUCAUCCCUUCCAGGAAUGGUGACAGGGGGAGGUGAAAGUCUCAGUCCUCCUUGUUGUGGUGCUCUCAGCAUGGCGAUGUGUUGGGAAUGGGGAGAUCACUGCCCUCUGCACAAUAAACUUCUGUCAGUCCUCGGG